AUGAAGUUGAUUAUCACCACUUUGAUGUCUCUUGUCACCUCGGUUGCAGCCCAGACAUAUCCAGAGUGCACUGCCGAAGUCGCGCGAAGCGAUGAUUGCGCCGCUGUCAUCAACGCAAACGCGUGCUACAACAAGUUUCGAUGGAGCGCGCAGACCUUGACAUGCAUAGAUGGAAAUGACAAUGCAUUGAAGCAAAAAAAGGUAAAAAUGAGUACGGUUGGUGACAAAAAAUGCGAAGCUAACGAGAGCGGUGUUUGA